GCUUGGGUUUCUAGGUUGUCUACAUAGCCAACUGCUAAGGUAUGCCUGUUCCUUUCCUACUUUUCAGGCCCAUUUGCUCCGUCCCAACAUCGACAGUUAAUUUGGACUUCAUCAUUUCCGUCAGCGGACACCUGAUGGACCGACUCUGGGCCUCACCGUCUUCCCGCUCCUGCAUCCGACCAGAGCGAUUUCCACUGGAUUCCAGCUCAGCGCCGCACGGUGGCGCAUCGUUUGGGCAUACCUCUAGCAGUCAAGUGCUCCUACUACUAGAGCAAUCGUUACCACUACCACGACAAUCGCGACAAGCUCCAGAUCAACCACAACGACAUCUACAGCCUUUGCGACGACGCCACAGAAGAAGCCAGGACAUUCAAUCGCAACUACAACUUCAACUGCAACCACGACAGCAGCACCGACUACACAAUCAACAUCGGCGGCGGGGACGGCGGGUACGGGAAGAACAAGGACCAGGGCGAGGACGAGGACCAAGGCGGGAAAGAAAGGCGAAGCACGAGGUUGUGCGACGGUGUUGCUGCGAUUUCCAACGAUUCGAUCCUCAAGAGCCCCGAUCCUAUUCACUAUGUACAGCAUGUAGACAAUCGCCGCCGUACUGCUGUCAGUCACCAUCAACCAUGCCGGUGGUUUCUCCCUUCGACCUUCGGUUUGCGCCCUCCACAGCUCUUGCGCCAAAUCGAAGCUCGGAAUUGGAGGAUGGAAGUGUUCAUGUCCCGGGUCUUUGUCCAGGUUCCGCUGUCUGCGCCCAGAUGUCAGCGGGCUGCUGCGUCGACUGCGUGAACUUGACAUCUCAGAAAAUGAUCCCCUCAGGCGCCUCAUCCAGUCAUGUUUCAAGCCGUUCCAAUGUCCGUUCCGAACAGCCGUCGACACCGUUGUUGACCGUCCUGUCGUCCUCUCGGAUGGCACGCACGGACAAGGGCGGCCCAAGGUUAAGCGCACGCGUAGCCCCUGGCUCACAUAGCCGCCUGCUGCUACGACUAUCUUGCAGGUUGAAAUGCCUCUUUCUUUUGGCUUUGCGGUUGCUCUGGGUACAAUCCGUUACGGCGGUUCUAAUCCCGUUUGACAACUGCCUGGACAAGUCCUACCAAAUGGACCAGCCGACACGUCUACAAUGGAAGCCUCUUUUUAUCGAUGCCUCGUUCGAUGAUCAGGACGACCGACAUACGCUGAAGCUGACCAUGUGGGGAAAUGUGACGGGCGCGGCGACUUCUGGAAACAUCACGCUUCCCCCACCCGGUAGUCCGGAUUGGAACGACACAUCCAAACACGAUGGCAAGAUUGUCGCCGUGCCAGAACCGGACUCUGCCAAUCCAAAGGUCACCACUCUUUUCACGCAUAUCAAUGUUCUCACGUAUUCCGAGGCUACGGAACGUACCGACUUUUGCAACCAAUCCCUGAGAAACGCACAUUGUCCUUUGGGGCCGGUCUGGGAGGUUAACAGCACGAACAGGGAGGACCUUCCCUAUGUGACCUACACCAAAGACUUCUAUUCAUCCUAUGCCUUCAGCUCCUUUGCCUCCGAGUUUUCCAUCGUUUAUGGAGAUUCUGGAAAUACCCAGAUCGGCUGUGUCUCGGCUACCGUGACACCUGACCUAGGAAACCUGGCUUGGAUGCUCAAGUUCCUGCCCUUAAUAGUCCUGGUCUUUGUCGGAGUUGCCACCAUCUUUGCUGCCAUUUUUAGUCCGUGGGGUACCAGCGAUGUUUUCCACUGGACAUCUAACUACGGCCGUGACCCCGACCUGCUGCGUUUGGUUACGCCAGGGUUUGGAGAUUGUCUUCAGUACAUACAGUUCGUCGUGCUAACUGGCGGCCUAACACUCAACUAUCCAGGCUUCUACCAACCGAUCGUUAGCCAGGGCUCAUGGUCGGCACUAAUGUUUAAUCAGAGCUUUGUGAGCGACAGUCCCGGGUGGAUAAGCCUGCGGGAUGGCAUUUAUCUUACCGAGGGCAGGUACGGACUUCAGCGACUUGCUCACUUGGUGGGAGUAGGGGAGGUCGAAGACGUCUGGGCCGGAAUGAUGGUGUGGUUAAUGGCCAUUAUCGGAGCCGUUUUUGUUCUUACCCAGGGAGCCUUUUUGGUCAAGUGGCUGUAUCGUUCCGUUAAAAAGGUUCCCGAGGAAGAUCUCCGACACAAGAACCUCCCGUUUACUCUGGGCAAUGUCGUCAGACUUGUCUUGAACUACUUCUUGCUACCGAUUGUUGCUCUCUCGACCUUUCAACUGGUGGUAGCAACCCACUCGCCAGCUUACACGGUCGCACUGGCAGUUGUAACUUUGGUCCUCAUCAUUGGCUUUGCCGUUUGGCUGCUUCACCUCAUCGCCACCUCGAGGCCAAGAGCGUUCCUCUUCGAUGACCUCCCUACGGUGCUUCUUUAUGGACCUCUUUACAACACUUACUCUGAUGAGGCGGCGGCCUUCGCUCUUAUACCAGUUUUCCUGAGUUUUCUUCGAGGCAUUGCCAUCGGAGCUGUCCAGCCUGCUGGAGUUGCCCAGGUGGUCCUCCUCGCCAUCUGCGAGAUUAUUCAGAUACUGACGCUGCAUGCCUUUCGCCCUUUCCACUCACCAACAUCGAUGAACGCCUACCAUACCCUCUUUUCUGGGCUCCGUCUCGUCUCCAUACUCAUGAUGGUGGCCUUUGUACCGUCGCUGGAGGUGGAAGAAGGGCUUAAGGGCUGGGUCGGCUACGCUAUACUUGUUGUCCAUGCGGGCGUUCUUGUUUUGGGAUUCUUCCUGAACGCAGUCCAAACUAUUGUCGAAGUCGUAGCGCGGCUGUUGGGGGCUGGUGGAGAUGAUGUUCGAGGGCAAUCAAGGGGCGGGCUAUCCAAGAUCUUCGGUAUGCGACAGUUGUCGCGUCGUAUGCCCAGGCGUGCUGGCGGCCCCAUAAGCCACAGUCAACUGUCUAGCGCGGCGAUGCUCGACACGGAUGAGACCUUCAAGGCCGGUUAUGUGAUGAACGGAGGCCGCAUACAGAGCGAGUUGGCAGGGAGUAUGGGGCCCAUGACGAAGCAUCACCGUCAUAGCUCGUCUGUGCUUGAGGACGUCAGUCUCAACACGGCCGUUCGAAAUCUUGACAAUGGGUCAUUCACGCCGACGACGCCUGGAGAAGCUAACUCGUUCUCCUUUGCGGCUUCUGCCCAACCCCAAGGACGGUCUCCUAGCGCAUUCGGCAUGCCGACUGUCGACCCCUACUUCAGACCACCUCGAAGGCGAACCACCACUGAAAGCGCGUACUCUCCCGGUGCCAAACCAGGUGGUUCGUGGACUAGCGCCGACUGGUCACAGAAACGCCUAAGUCAAUCAGGAGUACCGCUCAACGACACCGCGGAAUUCGACCCUCAGACUUCGAGAAGUGCCACUCCCGGUCCUUAUAUGAUUGCGUAUCCACCAAGGACCGACUACACCACUCGCGAAGUUGAUUACUAUUACGGUCUCAGGGGGGAAAGGCUCAACUCGGACGCGCCUAGCCGCAAGCUCGGAACCGGGCCGGCUGACCCAACCGGGCCAAUGGCUUCGGCGGCUGGGUGGCUUCGGAAUAUUCUCGGUAGAAAUAGCAAGGAAAAGGGCAAGGGCUUCGAAGUAGUGAGGAGUGCGCGUAUGCCACCAGCAAUGCGUACCGGAGCGGUCGACUACGAGGACGAAUCCCCGCCGGAAGGAAUACCAGUGGCGAUGGGAGUCAUCCGUAACGGCCCGAUUGAAUCCGACGAAGAGGACAAUGUGCGGCAGGCCAAUGCAGAUCGGGACACAACAGCUCGUACAGCAGCAGAGGCGGUGCCCCUUAGGGCAGCAGAGGGUACCAAUGAUGAUAUGCCCGACGACACGGAAACAUAUCACGACUCGGAAGGUUUGCCUGCUGAGCCAGAUCUCGCGACAGUUAGCCAGUCGAGUAGGACCCAAACGGUUACCCGCCGCGGUAAUCGGACUUCGAACGAGGAUAACGGCCCGUCACCGCUUCUUUCGCCGCCGCGGAGAAGCUCAAAACGCAAUUCUUACCACCACACACGCAACGGCUCCGUUAGCAACACACCUCCCGCUCAGCCAGUCCUAGAAUCUGGUCCUCAAAACGCCAGGCCCGCUUCGUCACUGGCGGUCUCUGCCCGCCUUCCGUUCGAACGCACCAAUUCGCAAAAAAGAUUGUCUAGCUCCUCAAUUGGUGUAAGCGAGGAUCUAAGUUCUGGUGACGCCUACGCAGGAUCUAGAACGGGAUCAGGGCUGAAUGAGAGUUACGGAUUCGUAAAUCAAGGCAACGUAAACAGGGUCGAGCAGGGUCACGAGCCUGAUCUGUUGGGCAGCGUGGCGGAGGUUGGGAUAAUUGGGCGUGACAAUUCGCGGGGGAGCAGUCAAACAGGGAACACAUCGCGGUAUUCGGGGCUAUAAAAUGAAAGAAAGGAGCGGGGAGCUAGCUCGGCUACCACAUGUUCCUUUUGUUUCCUUUCCUUUCCCCUUUUUAUUUUGUUUUAUUUUUUUGUGGCUUUCCACUGCCCUUUUCGCUCUCAGCUGAAAUGGAUAUCAAAAAACGGUUAUAUAGCUUUAUGGUUAUGAAAGUUUAGCGAUGGCGUACACAAGCGACUACCAAAGUUGCUAUGUGACAGAGUACAUGAAGAG